UUGUCUUUUUUCUUUAUUUUCCAAUUUUGCUUUGGGUGGGAGAAUCCUCAAUUUCGUGAUCUAUUUCCUUCUAUAAAAUGAACCUCUGAUCGUGGAUUGUUUCAAUCUGAAGUCACAACUGAGCUGUUUUGGGAUUUUGGUUUGGUCUCUGUGAUUAAAUUUCAGAAGUUUUGAAAAUGGCAACAAAUUCUUCUAAUGGAGAGCACCGAACAACGACAACGACAACACUGACAACAAAGUCACCUCCCUUGCCUUCUCCCUUGCGCUUUUCCAAGUUCUUUCAGCCCAACAUGAGAAUUCUGGUCACCGGAGGAGCAGGAUUCAUCGGCUCUCACUUAGUUGACAGAUUAAUGCAGAAUGAGAAAAAUGAGGUUAUUGUUGCUGACAACUUCUUCACUGGAUCCAAGGAUAACCUGAGAAAAUGGAUUGGUCAUCCUAGAUUUGAGUUGAUUCGUCAUGAUGUGACAGAGCAAUUGUUUAUUGAGGUUGAUCAGAUCUACCAUCUUGCUUGUCCUGCUUCUCCAAUUUUCUACAAAUACAAUCCCGUGAAGACUAUAAAGACAAAUGUGAUAGGAACACUGAACAUGCUUGGGCUUGCGAAACGAGUGGGAGCAAGGAUUUUGUUAACGUCUACUUCAGAAGUAUAUGGGGAUCCUCUUGUGCAUCCACAACCAGAAAGUUAUUGGGGCAAUGUGAACCCUAUUGGAGUUCGGAGUUGCUAUGAUGAGGGAAAGCGUGUGGCAGAAACUUUGAUGUUUGACUAUCAUAGGCAGCAUGGAAUAGAAAUACGCAUUGCCAGAAUCUUCAACACAUAUGGACCACGCAUGAAUAUUGAUGAUGGGCGAGUUGUGAGCAACUUUAUUGCUCAAGCACUUCGUGGGGAGCCCCUGACUGUCCAAGUUCCCGGAACACAAACUCGUAGCUUCUGCUAUGUCUCCGAUAUGGUUGAUGGCCUUAUCCGUCUAAUGGAAGGAGAAAACACUGGUCCAAUCAACCUUGGGAAUCCAGGUGAAUUUACGAUGAUUGAACUUGCUGAGACAGUGAAGGAGCUUAUUAAUCCAGGUGUGGAGAUAAAGAUGGUGGAAAACACUCCUGAUGAUCCUCGGCAGAGAAAACCGGACAUAACAAAAGCGAAGGAAUCGCUAGGGUGGGAACCAAAGGUCAAGCUGCGAGAUGGUCUUCCUCUAAUGGAAGAGGAUUUCCGUCUCAGGCUUGGAGUUGCCAAAAAGAAUUAAUACAAGUUCUUUUUGCUCCAUAUGGAUAUUGGAUAACAAUUGGGAAAAGCCUAUUAUCAUCAGCCUUUAGGUAUUUCACGUUCGUGAUUACGAUGGGCAAAUUUGCAGAGGUUGCUUGUGUUUGUAUUGGAUAAAUAAAAUUGUACUUCUCGUCUUUUCAACCGUUUUUUUCCCCCAUCUAAUGGCGUCCGGAGGGCUAGGAGGGCCAUUUUGAACUUGUUCAGAUUUUGAUAGUUUAUGUUUGAUUGUCUGUUCAUAUUAUUCAAGGGAGACUAUUUUUUUUAAUAACAACAAAGAUACAAUUGUCACGCAAGAA